UAAUCGGAUGCGCAGCCAAGACCCUCCACUCCCAGCCUCCCUAGACCUCGAUCUUGAUCUCGACGCACCUCGCCGUCCCUCGCAGUAGCUGAACCUCACAGAAGAAGCCUCCUUCACCGGCAACGCCAGUGGACCUCCAGAAACCGUCGUCGGCAGCGUUUCGGACGACGAAAAUUGCAUGCUUCUGGCCGCCUACCCCUGGACGACGGCGACGCAUUUGGGAUUGAAGACUGACGCCGUCUUCUCGGCCUCUGAAAACAGGUUAUAAUUUCAAUAGGAAUUCAGAUCUUAUAAUCCUCAGUUUGAUCCUAUGAAGGACAGACACUUGAAGAAAAGAAUCAAAAGAUUGAAAGACAUGGUUGAGCCAGAUAAAAAUUGCGAGACUAGGGUUGAAGAUGUUGCUUGGCUUUGCUCCCUUUCAGAGUCUGAGAUUGACAUGCUGAUUAGCUUGAAACUGUUGAUCAUUCAGCGUGCAAAAAUGAUGGGUUGUAAGGAGCUGGCUAGUAAAUUCAACCUUAAAAUGAUUCGAGCCAUUGCACUUGUUUUGAUGGGCCAUCUGAAGGAAGAGAUAAAAGAUUCAUCACUUAUCCCCAAUAUGGUUAAAUCUACUUCUUUUUUAGAUGCUUGCAACCUAUUGAAAUGUAGCAAUGAGGUUGAUGCAAAUAUUGAUGAGCUAAGUACAAGUCUUGGUGCUGAUAUAGAAACUUUUCUUAGAAGUCCUCCAACAUCCAAACAAAAGAAGCAGAAAGUUGGAAGCCGAGAAUGAAAGGUUUGCAGUUAUUGGAGGAUCUAAAAUUUCUAGCUUAUCCUUAUGGCAACACCUUUACUUUGGCUGUGGAAACUCUCAUUUAUAGUUUCUUUCUCAUUGCCGAAUUUUCAUGCAAGUUAUUUAUUAUUAGGUUGCUUAUAGUUUUUGGUUCUUGACAUUUUUCUAUUUAGAAAUUAGUUGGAGCAAAUACCCCGUUAUAUUUAGAAAAUUGUUGCAAGAAUGUGUAGCAAGUAAAUCCCCAUUUUGCCUUGGGAAUUUUACAUUAAUAGUUUUAUUUGUAUAGAAACACAAGUUAAUGAGAGGUGGAAAAAAUUCUUUUUUUAAAA